AUGCCAUCAGACGUGCAGAAGAACCUCCAGGAGAAGAACGCUGCGUAUGCGAAGCAGUUCACUCAAGGUAGCCUCGCGCUUCCCCCUGCCAAGAAAUACCUCAUUUUGACAUGUAUGGAUGCUCGUAUCGACCCAGCAGCAGCGUUUGGCAUCGACCUGGGUGACGCCCACGUCAUCCGCAAUGCUGGAGGAAGCGCGAGGGAUGCGCAUCGGUCCAUCAUCAUCUCGCAGCAGUUACUGGGCACCAAGGAGAUCCUCCUGAUCAAACACACCGACUGCGGCAUGUUGACCUUCUCGAACGAGGAUGCCCACGGUCUGGUAGUGAAGAACCUCGGACCAACAGCAGCGGCCGAGAUUGCAAGCCUGAACUUCCAUGCUUUCCCUGACCUGGAAGCUGCCGUGAAGGAAGACGUUGAGACACUGAAGAAAGGAGCGACUGUUGCGGCGGAUGUGCCUAUCAGCGGCUGGAUCUACGAUGUCAAGACUGGCGAGGUCAGUCAAGUCGUCUAG